GUUAUGCUGAUUGGCGAUUCCGGUGUAGGCAAAACAUGCGUUUUAGUCCGAUAUAAAAAUGGUGCAUUCUUGUCUGGUUCAUUUAUUUCAACAGUUGGAUUAGAUUUUCGUAACAAAAUUGUCGACGUAGAUGGUACCAACGUUAAACUACAGAUUUGGGAUACUGCUGGUCAAGAAAGGUUCCGCAGCGUAACUCACGCUUAUUUUCGCGAUGCUCAUGCACUUUUGCUGCUGUAUGAUGUAACCAAUAAAAAGUCAUUUGAAAAUGUUCUAUCAUGGAUAGAAGAUAUUAAUGCUCACGCUGGCAAUGAUGUCGUUGUUAUGCUAUUGGGCAAUAAGGCUGAUUUAACUACUGAAAAAGUUAUAAAGACAGAACAAGGCGAAAAAUUGGCUAAGGAUAAUAAUAUUGCUUUCAUGGAAACAAGUGCAAAAACUGGCAUGAAUAUCGACUUGGCAUUUCAUGCAAUUGCAAAAAAUUUGAAAGAAAAGAAGACACUUAGAAGUAAUGGUAGAGAUUUUAAUAUGAAAGAAUAUGUUAACAAGGAGAAGAAAAGGAGCGGUUGUUGCUCUUGA